AUGCGGCGCUUGCCUCCUGGGGCUUACAGCUUACCGGAGGGCCCUUCUGAAGGCCCCUCUGAGGACUGGUCUGAUAUCCGGCCUGAAACCUUUGGACUUCUAGCGGCUUCCUUCUUAACACCUUCUUUAUCACCCAAGGCAGUGUUCACUCCAGGGACCGCGUUGGCCUUUUUCUCACAAACACACACGAGAAGCCCCUCUUUGCAGUCUCUUGUGCCGCCGACGCCUUCUCCCCCUUCUGCUUCCCCCACCAGGAGCCCCUCUUUCCGCGGUCUAAGAUCGCCAGUUGCAUUUGGUAUACGCGAAGCUCUAUCUCCGGUGGGUAAGACCCCACGGGAGGUUGCGACUGCAGGUUGUACAGCACCUGACGCAGGCCUAGCGCGAUGCCCUCAAGGCCUCUUGAGAAGGCAAUCUGCUGAGUCGAGGAUCGUCUGGAAGGCUGGCGAAGACAAGUCUCCGCAGCUAGACAAGCCGCCUUCGGGAAAGAAGGAGCUCAUGCGGAAUUCCGCCUCUCCCUCAGGGGCCCCUGCAAGGGGCCCCUGGGCUUCCCGCCCUUCUAAAACUCUGUCUUUGCCAUGGUCGGCUGGAUCGUCGUGCUGUCACUUGCACCCUCUCCAAGCUCAGGAGGUAACCCUAGCUCCCCCCCCCUCCACCGGAAGCGGCAGCCCGACGGGAAAGCAAAGGUCUCGGAGAUACUUUCCUUCAGUCCAACAGCAGCCACCCCCACCAGGUUCUCUGGAAGGAAGCGCCUCUUCGCCAUCCUUUCCCUGCAGGCCGCCGACGCCUCGAGGAUUGAAAGCCGCGGAAGCUCAGUAUCUCGGAAACUGCCUUCAAAAACCCGUAAGGCACCUCGGACAGGCCCCCAACGAGCUCGUCGAGGAGCGUGAACAGUCUUCCAGGUUCGAGGAUGCGCCUUGGGAACUUUCUGCGAAGUGUGCCACGCACCGCAGCAGCUUGGGAAAGCGCUUUGUCUGCGGCUUUCGCGCGAUGCAAAGAUCCUUGGGGGGUCCAAAGGGGCUGCGAAGGGCCAAGGCCAGACGUCCCUGCUCUUCGGCAGCCACGGUGCUCCGCGAAUUUGUGCUGAGCCGUCGCUGCACGGCUGCGCAACCUGUAGCAGAGCCGGACAGGCUGCCUGCUUCCUCUGAGAGGGCCUCUGCAGGCGCGAGUGGCUACGGCAGUAGCAGGAUAUCCAAGAUUCUCCAGCGCCGAGGGUCUUCUCGUGUGGUGCCUUUCUCAGCAGAGGCUGCCUCGGCUUGUGCUAAAAGGCACUUGGGGGCAGGGCGCCUUGGAUUUUCCACGAAAAAUAGGACUGACCAAGAGACACUUGCAGAGGGCCCCAAGCGCCAUGCACCCUCCGCUGCGUGGCAGGAGCCACAAAAACCAGUCGCAGGGGAGGGGCAAAAGUUGAACAAGCGGAACAAAGGGAGCGAAGGGCUAGAUGAAGAAGCAGCAGGGCCUCCAUGGGCCCCCAUUCCGUCGCUCCUCAGGAUUAUCUGUAGGGCAACAAGGCACUCGGGGAUGCCUUCCCUGCUCCAACAAAGGCUCAGCGACGUGCAGCCCGCAGAAAUGCGGCGGGAGACACCCAACCAGGGGCACGGGGAAUUUCUUGCGGCGGCAUCCACAGGAAGCGAGCCGCUUCUAGACGCUUGCAGCAGCUCCCCGGCGAGCUUCGAAGCCUCAGCGGGAGACACCCGAGAGCAGCAGCCGUCCAGGAGACCCCUCCAAGAGGCGAGCCACUCGAAAGCCUCAUGCCAUCGUACACGGACUUUGAGUCCCUUCCGCAUGCGAUCGCGUCUCACAGGCCUCCAGGGGGCGUCAGCGAUUGCAGAGGGGCGAAGCGUUCGUGCAGUGCUCCCCAGCCAACCCUUCGCGACGACUGCCGCUUGUAGUCGGUGGAGGCUUUCCAACAACCCCAAGGCAGCUAGAGCGGCAGAGCGGUUGAGGCGUCCAGUCGAGGAACCGCAGGCUGCCCCCGACAGACCGGGCCUAAGAUCCUUUGAGGACCUGGGGACAGGAGCUGCCCUAAACGGAGACACCAGCGCCACGUGCAACUCGGAGGAUGGAUCAGCCGCUGCCCUAGCGCCUGUGCCGCAGGCUGUGCCUGGCAGCAACGUGGACUUGGAGAAAACAAACACGUGCGUGCGGGAGCGGCCAGGACUGUGCCGAAACUCAGUGUACGCUGAAGAAGCCGUAUGGGCCUCUGCUGCGGCAGCAUCGCCUGCUGAAGCAGGAGAGACUGCCGUUCCGCGAGCACGCGCAUCAGCAGCACAGAAGCCGUCUGCUGGUGCUGGAAGGCCACUGGCAAUUCUGAGACCAGGGCCGCCUCCUGCUGCUGCUGCUGUUGCUGCUGCUGUUACCACUAGGGGCAAAUCGCCUGCAAGAAGCUCCUCUCCUGUCGCUGCCGCACAGCCUUUAGACUUUGCUUCUGAGGCAACUCAGCCCGCCAGUGUGACGCGCCCUGCUGCGACUCUAGACGAACCCUGUAAACAGGCCGCCAGCUGCCGUGAGACUCCAAUCUCGGCAGCUGCAGUGGCAGCCGACGCUCUAUCGUCGCAUGCUGAUGCAGAGGGCGAUGGCGGAAGCGCCAUGAGAGGCACUACGCGGGCUCUGCAACUCAUCGCCUCCUACAAAGAGCAGAUACGCAGGCACAGUGAUGCCCCCCUCCAGGGAGCUGGAGGGUGCGUGCGACAGCAGCCAGAGAUCCGCAAGGGCCUCCCGGAGGAGAUGCAGGAAAACAGGGAGGGUGCGGCAGGCGCCACGCACGUGCUUACCAGGAGUGACGGAAGCUGUCUCCAGCACUUUGAGAAAGGCGCACACAGCCGCAGGGACUCAAGGGGAGCUGAAGGGCCCCUGUAUGUACACCCAACCAGCAAAGCUACGCCAUGCGGGGGACGGGGGCCGUACAACAGCAGCAGCACAGGCAAAGACGCGCAGCCUCCACGCCCGUGCUGUGCCUUCUUGGGUGGAAACCCCUGCCUUGGCUCCAGCGGGCAGCCUCAGCCACUUCCACGGGAGCAACCACAGCAGCCGGCGCAUGCUGUGCCUGCUGAAGGCGCUACAUCCAAUGCGCCUCUCUGUGGCGUGCCGACGUCUCCAGAAGCUUCAAAGGCCCAGGCUGCGCCGUCCUGGGUAGUGGAGAAGAAGUGCCGUGCAGCAGCAGCUGCUGCAGAGCAAGCCUCUCCUGCAAUCCAAGAGGCUCCCCCGUCGCCUUCUGCCGUCCGCUGUACAGGCCCCCUUGCUCAGCUCCGUUUGCAGGGCUACAGCCGACGUGUUGCAGCAAAGCUGUACCAAGAGGCCCCUCCACCGCGCUCCCUGGACGCGGCUGCACGGCCAGUUUGGCAAGCGGCUGCUCGGAGGGAAUUCGUAUCGGCAGCAGGGGGAGAAGAAGCAGGCUGCGCAACUCUAGAGAGCACUCCAGGGCAGCACAGAGGCAGCGGAGGCCCUAAUGAGGCUCACGGCGCAGGGGUGGCGGACGCUAACGUGCAGACUCGCAGCAGCUGUAGCAGCAUGCAAAGUAAAGACUAUAAGCUAAGCAGAAAGAGCUGCAGCAGGGACCGCCGGAGAGGAGGCGGACCGCCAGCUCGCCAGCGUGAUAAUCUCUCUGAGAUGCAGCGGCACCGAUGGUCGCUCGACAGGGGUGGCGCGCAUUCUUUUGCGGUGCUCCCUGCUCAAACUGCUUUUGGAGGGGGCUUUGUAGGCGGUCCCGUGAGGCUUCGCGAGCGCUGGCAGUCGCUCGUGCAACUGAGGCGCAACAGAAGGGGCCCCCUGCGAAGAAACGGGGGGCCGAAGCCGCCGCACGAGCAGAGUUACCAGAACUUUUUGAAGCCCCUCACAACACGCAAGAAGGCCAUUCUUUCGCGUGGCUCAAAAGGCUUUUUCCCACGAGUGCCUGUAAAGGAGGCGACCGAAGGAAAAGACGGAGUAUCUAGAGCCGCCGAACGACAGGAGGGUCAAAAUAAGUCUGGGGAACGCAAACGUAUUGAGCUCAUGGGCCGUAUGAGGCUUGCGAGUGGCACAGCCACCACAAAAGACGGUCUGAGACGGCCUGAAGAGCCGCGAGAUUCUUUUCCCGGGGGAUCGGAGUCAGUGGAGGUGUUGCAUGCAAAGGUCUGGGAAGUGCUGCGGGCGGCUUCGGGAGCUGUUGUUUCCGUUGAGCUUCAGGAAGAAGGCAGUGUCUCGUCUCCCCGAGAAGCGUGUUGUUGUGCGCAAAAGACAGCCCCCAGGAAGAACAACGCCCCUCAGGAGGCCCUUCAUUCUCUCGGCUGUUCUGCAGAAGCAUCCCGUGCAGCACCGGCACGCGUUUCUCCACAGCGUCCAGCAGCGGCUGGCGCAGCCGCUGGGCAGGCAGCGAGGAAAUGCCCUCAAACGAGAAGCCUUCUAGCGUCCCCCCAGCCGAAGCAUUCCCUGCGUCAGGAGGGCCUCUCUGAGAAAGGGACUGCUUCUAAGGCGGACCUCUCCAAAGCGCUGAGGCGGCCGCAAAAAACAGCAGAUUUGGACCACAUAGUGCGGCUCUAUAAAUAUGCAGCCAUCAAACAGCAGGUAGUCGUAGGCGGAGCAAACUGCUGGAGCGGGGGAGGGGAGAGGGUGGCGAGAAGGAGAGGCCCCUGGCGAAUGAUCUCUGGGGAGCUCUUGGGAAGCCGAAUUUUUGGGGCUAAUCCCGCACUGCGCAGCAGCUUAAGUGGGAUGGGAGCAGGGAGAAGCAACGCAUCCACUACAGCUGCCCGUGCUGCUGGCGGUGCCUGUUCAAACCGCCAUAUUGCAGUUGCACUUUGGUCUGGGGGCAGAGCCUCCUCAGUUCCAGCAACGACAACCGCAGCCUCGGGCAGCAGCUUUUGCCACCCAGAUGCAUGCACUGUUGCGUCGCCAACUCAGCUAGAGGCAUGCGCUGUGAGUGUCUUCAGGCGCAAGCCCUUGGCCGCCUCCAUCGACUCAGAGGCAAAGGAACCUGCGCCUUGCAGACGUCUCUGCUGCGGCGGAGUCCUCCUCCCCGCAGGAGGAGACCUCAUGAGCCGCCAGCUGUCUCUAGAUGAGCCCCAAGUAUGUUUGGCUCAGUGCAAAGGAGGCAUGCAAAGGGCGACUUAUAAGUCUCCCUCUGCCAGUGCGCUGGGCAGCCAGCAGGCACAUUAUCCGCGCCAUUCAGUCCCUAAGGGCCAAGCGGCGCUUCGCCCCACUCUGUGUGAUCGAAAGCAGCUGAAGUCUCUGCUACUGCAAAUCUUGGCGGAAGAAGCCUCCGGGGAUGAGGGCUGCACUCCCAGAGCUGUACCGGAAAAGAACCAUCAGGGGGCUGCAGCGGGCAAGCGGGCAAGCGUUGCUUCAACGGCGCGGCCGCAGGCAAAGAAUUCGACACAGCAGCCUCAGCAAGAAGAAGCUCACGCUCAGGAUUCGAGAGAAGCCACUGCUGCUGCGAUCCACCCAAUGAUGCGCUGGACACUGCCGCCUCCCCGAGAUAUCCCUGUAGGGCCCUCCCGUGUCUCUUUGGGAAUACAGCUGCGUCCAACACCUCUGCCCCUCCUGGAGCCGAAAGCUAGCCACAGAGGCACUGCCCUUCUCGAGACAGCCUACCGACCAGCAGCAGUAGCAAGGACAGCACCCAGAUUCACAGGUGCCCCUGCGAGGCCAUCCCGUCUGCAGGAGGCAACGCGCAAGCUCGCAGCGUGUGCUAGCCCUUCCGGUGUGUCAGGCCGGCGGAGUGCCAGCGCUACCUUCUCUGCUGCUCCAUUAGGAAGGCCUCCAGCGGUCAGUACAGCAGCGGGGGCGCGUCAAGGCAGUGCCUGCAAGCAAAAGCACGCCUCCACACUAGCCCCAUUUGUUUGCGGCAGCACACGGAAAAGCCACAACAUUCGGCUCCAGCAAGCAGCAGAAGCAGCAGCAGCACGACUGGCAGUGCGGCGGAACGGCGGGCACGCCAGGUCACACAGUAUGGGAGCUCUGCUGGAGAGCAGCAAGGCGUCCCCGACAGGGCUGCAGCAGGAGCCAGCUGCUGCUGCAACCCUGUCGAGUGUGCUUCCAGCAAGCAAUUCAAAGAGGCCAAGUAGCAGUCCGUCACGUGAGACGCGGCGAAGGCGCGCAAUGUACGCCUCGCAGCGCCAGCAGGCGGCAUCGGCAGCAGCGGUCGUAGCUGCAAAGAGCGCAGCCCUUGCAGCAGAAGCUGCUUCAGCAGAAGCGGAGGCCGAGGCGGGAGCAGUGCAGGCAGCAGCAGCGGAGCUGGCGGCUCUGCAGACGCGAGCUGCCUUGGAGCUUCUGUCGCUGUACGGGGCAGCAGCGCAGGACGAGUUUUCGCGAGGGUUCUCGGUAGAGGGAAUGAGGCCUUUCCCGAGUUCCCCGCGGCAGGGGACGUGGGCUUCCUGCCAGCGCUCGACGAAGCAGCUUGCGAGACAAACCGUGGAGAGGCUGCAUACAACGGCGAGCUCUCUAGACCUGCUUGGGGAGCAAGAAGACCGAGAAACACAACCCACGAAGAAGUGGACUGGCUGGGAAGCGCCGUUCUAUAUGCAUUCGUGA